AUGAAUGCUCCAGAUAGAUUUGAAUUAUUUCUUCUAGGAGAAGGGGAAUCAAAAUUAACAAUAGAUCCAGAUACCAAAGCACCAAACGCAGUAGUAAUAACUUUCCAAAAGGAGGAUCAUACUUUAGGUAACUUAAUCAGAUCAGAAUUAUUAAAUGAUGGGAAAGUCUUAUUUGCAGCUUAUAAAGUGGAACAUCCAUUUUUCGCAAAUUUUAAAUUAAGAAUUCAAACUGUGGAAGGAUAUGAUCCAAAAUUAGCUUUGAAAAACGCUUGUAAUAAUAUUAUUAACAAAUUGGGCAUAUUGAAAACAAAUUUCGAAACUGAAUGGAAUUUACAAACUUUGGCGUCUGAUGAAAAUUUCGGUAUAUAG